AGAAAAUUAUGAAGACGCUUAAUGGAGGAAACGAGCUAGACUCCUUUCCAGUUGAUGUGUCUUUUAUGUCCUCCAUUAGGAAAAGAAUUUCUCUCGCCAAGCAAAUUGACAAAGAAGAACACAAAUUUAGGCGCAAAAAGUCAAGUAAUGACUGUAUGCUUACCUCUGCCAAAGCCAUGGACAUUGAAGUUGACGAAGAUUUACUGGAAGAUCUCGGAGAUCAGGGAGAAAGGAAAGAGCGACAAGUAAAGCUGAAGCAAUUGAAAGCCGAAAUGAAUUUGGAAGAUAAUGGAAAAGUGGCCGUUGAAGAU